CCGGAAGCGCCCUCCGGUGUCCGGGUCCUUCCGCCGCCGCGCCAAGAUGGCCGCCGUGCCGCCCGAGUCCUGGCAGCCGCCCACCGUCUCCAUGGAGACCACGAUGGGUCCCCUGGUUCUGGAGCUCUACUGGCUCCACGCCCCCCGGACCUGCCGGAACUUCGCGGAGCUUUCCCGCCGGGGUUACUACAACGGCACCAAGUUCCACCGGGUCAUCAAGGACUUCAUGGUCCAGGGGGGUGACCCCACCGGCACCGGCCGCGGCGGUGCCUCCAUCUAUGGGAAGCAGUUUGAGGAUGAGCUGCACCCUGAGCUGAAGUUCACGGGUGCAGGCAUCCUGGCCAUGGCCAACGCCGGCCCGGACACCAAUGGCAGUCAGUUUUUCCUGACCCUGGCCCCCGCGCAGUGGCUGGACGGGAAGCACAGCAUCUUCGGGAGGGUCUGCCAGGGCCUGGGGGUCCUGGGCCGCUUGGCCAUGGUGGAGACCAACGCCCAGGACAGACCCAUCGACGACGUCAAGAUCAUCAAGGCCUAUCCCUCGGGAUAGGGGACACCCCGGGACACCCCGCUGCAGCUGUGCGGGAAUAAAAGGACACUGGUGGUGA